AAUAAAGUUUGUUGAUCCGGUGCCAGCCCCGGAUGCCUGGAUUGCAAGGCCGUGCUGCUGGGGCGCCCACGAGACCUCCGGCUGAGGGAGAAGACCCGUGGAACUGGCUCUCCUCAAGGGCAUUUUAAAGAUGAGUGAAAUAAAAUUGGAAACAGCUCCACAGCAGCGUAAAUUUCCUGAGUGGAUGUCUAUGCAGAAUGAAAGAUGUGCUGUAGAAGAAAGAAAGGCAUCUAUACAGAAGAGUGUUUUUGAAGAUGACCUCCCCUUCUUAGAAUUCACUGGAUCUAUUGUGUAUAGUUAUGAAGCUAGUGAUUGCUCUUUUCUAUCAGAAGAUAUUAGCAUGAGUCUCUCUGAUGGAGAUGUGGUAGGAUUUGACAUGGAAUGGCCACCAACAUACAAUAAAGGGAAACUAGACAGAGUUGCGCUAAUUCAGUUGUGUGUGUCUGAGAGCAAAUGUUACUUGUUUCAUAUUUCUUCUAUGUCAGUUUUCCCCCAGGGAUUAAAAAUCCUGCUUGAAAAUAAAGCAAUUAAAAAGGCAGGUGUAGGAAUUGAAGGAGAUCAGUGGAAACUUCUUCGUGACUUUGACAUCAAAUUGAAGAGUUUUGUGGAGUUGACAGAUGUUGCCAAUGAAAAGCUGAAAUGUACAGAGACCUGGAGCCUCAAUGGUCUGGUUAAACACCUCUUUGGCAAACAGCUUCUGAAAGACAAGUCUAUCCGCUGUAGCAAUUGGAGUAAUUUUCCUCUCACCGAGGACCAGAAACUGUAUGCAGCCACUGAUGCUUAUGCUGGUUUCAUCAUUUAUCAAAAGUUGGAAAUUUUGGGUGAUGCCGUGCAAGUUUUUGCUGUAAAUAAAGAGAAGGAAAUCCUACUUAGUGACGUGCAGAAACAGUUGACUUCUAUCUCUGAGGAGGUGAUGGAUCUGGCCAAGCAUCUUCCUGACACUUUCAGGAAAUUAGAAAAUCCACAGAGGGUUUCUAUACUAUUGAAGGAUAUUUCAGAAAAUCUGUACUCACUGAGGAAGAUGAUAUUUGGUUCUACUCACACUGAGAUAGAACUGAGGACAUUGGAGGAUUCAACAGCUGGUGUAGUACAACAGAAACGGACUAGAGAACAUAAAAUUUUUACUGGAGUUAAAGAUGAGACAGGAGACACAACACUUGAUAAUUUAGUUAAACAUGAUGGAGAAGAUGUACUUGGAAAUAAAGUGAAACAAGAAGAUGAAUUUGAAGAUGGAAUAGAAGACAAUAAGUUGAAAGAAAAUGCAGAAAGAAUUUGUUUGAUGUCAUUAGAUAUUACAGAAUAUGAACUCCAAAUUUUGGAACAGCAAGCUCAGGAAAAAACUCUUAGUGAUGUUACUUACAAAUCUGCUGAGGUACUAAAUAAAGAUGAAACACUUUUUUUAUUCAUUAGUAGGGGAUUGCUGGCUUUUUUCUGUAAAGGGCAUUUAUCUUCCAAGGAUAAUGAAAAGGAUGCAUCUUAUGUAAUUGAAAGUGAUGAAGAUUUAGAAAUGGAGAUGCUUAAGUCUUUAGAAAACCUAAAUAGUGGCAUGGUAGAACCAAUUCAUUCCAAAUGCUUAGAAAUGGAAAGAAAUCUGGGUCUUCCUGCUGAAGAAGAUGAAGAUGACCAUAAAGCUGUUGAGGAGGAAGAAGAUGAGGACUGUUCGUUGCCAGGACCCAAUGAAAAGCAAAUUAUUUGCCUUAAGACUUACUUUGGCCAUUCCAGUUUUAAACCCAUGCCUGAUGUAGUAAAAUGUUUGUACGAGGCUCUAGAAUAUUUUUUUUCUUCUUACAGAAUGUCCAACAUUCCAGCUUGUUUCCUUGGAUCAGCACAGUCAAAAGUUGUUCUAGAGGAUAUUAGAUUAGGCAAAUAUCGGAUUGUAUACAUCACUCCAGAAUUUUGUUCACAUAACUUGGACCUACUCCAGCAACUUGAGGCUAAUAUUGUUUUAUUGGCAAAGCUAGGGUCUGUGUUUGUAGUGAUCUGGGUUCCAAUUGUUGCACUCACUGCUACUGCAAGUUCUUCAAUCCGGGAAGAUAUUGUACAUUGCUUAAAGCUGAAGAAUCCUCAGAUUACCUGUACUAGUUUUGAUCGACCAAACCUGUAUUUAGAUGUUGGACGAAAAGCAGGGAAUAUACUUCAGGAUCUGAAGCAAUUUCUUGUUGAAAAGACAAGUUCUGAUUGGGAAUUUGAAGGUCCGACUAUCAUCUAUUGUCCUUCCAGAAAAAUGACAGAACAAGUUACAGCUGAACUUAGGAAACUGAAUGUAGCCUGUGAAACAUACCAUGCAGGCAUGAGUUUUAACAAAAGGAAACAGACUCAUCAUAGGUUCAUGAGAGAUGAAAUUCAGUGUGUCAUAGCUACCAUAGCUUUUGGAAUGGGCAUUAAUAAAGCUGAUAUUCGCAAAGUCAUUCAUUAUGGUGCUCCUAAGGAAAUGGAAUCAUAUUACCAGGAGAUUGGUAGAGCUGGCCGUGAUGGACUUCAGAGUUCUUGUCACUUACUCUGGGCUCCAGCAGACAUUAACUUAAAUAGGUACCGCCUUAUUAAAAUAGAAAAUGAAAAAUUUCGAUUAUACAAAUUAAGGAUGAUGGCAAAGAUGGAAAAAUAUCUUCAUUCCAGCAGAUGUAGGCGGCAAAUCAUCUUGUCUCAUUUUGAGGACAAACAAGUACGAAAAGCCUCCUUGGGUAUAAUGGGAACUGAAAAAUGCUGUGAUAAUUGCAGGUCCAGAUUGGGUCAUUGCUAUUCCUUCGAUGACUCAGAAGACACAUCCCAGGAUUUUGGUCCACAGGCAUUUCAGCUAUUAUCUGCUGUGCGCAUCUUAGGUGGAAAGUUUGGAAUUAGGGCUCCAAUUUUAUUUCUCCGAGGAUCUAAUUCUCAGCAUCUUCCAGAUAAAUAUCGCAGUCACAAUUUCUUUGGUGCUGGCAAGGAUCGAACAGAGAGUUGGUGGAAGGCUCUUUCUCAUCAGCUUGUUACUGAGGGAUUCUUGGUACAAGUUCCUGGAUGUAGCAAAUUUACAAAGAUUUGCACCCUUACAAAAAAGGGCAGAGAUUGGCUUGAUAAAGCUAAUACAGAAUCUCCUCAGACACUUAUCCUUCAAGCUAAUGAAGAACUGUAUCCAAAGAAUUUUCCUCUGCCAAGUUCUAAAACUAUAUCUUUGGGCACUGAACAGCAUUCCUCUAAUCAAGUACCAAUUGAAUUAACUGCGGAGAAGAAGUCUAACUUGGAGAAGAUGUAUUCUUACAAGGCAUUUGAUAAGAUUUCUUCUGGGAGUGACAUUCGUAAAAAAAGUAUCAUGGUGCAAUCACCAGGAAAGUGUUACAGUUCCUCAAAACCUGUUAUUUCAGCCCAGGAACAGGAGACUCAGACUACGUUAUAUGGCAAAUUGGUAGAAGCUAGGCAGAAACAUGCCAGUAAAAUGGAUGUUCCACCAGCUAUUCUGGCAACAAAUAAGAUACUGCUAGAUAUGGCCAAAAUGAGACCAACUACGGUUGAAAAUGUAAAAAGGAUUGAUGGUAUUUCUGAAGGCAAAGCUACUAUGUUGGCACCUUUGUUGGAAGUCAUCAAACAUUUCUGCCAAGUAAAUAGUGUUCAGACAGACCUCUUUGCAAGUACAAAACCUCAAGAAGAACAGAAAAGUCUGGUGGUGAAAAAUAAAUGUUCACUUUCACAGUCUGUGGCCAUCACUUAUUCUUUAUUCCAAGAAAAGAAAAUGUCUUUGAAGAGCAUAGCUGACAACAGGAUUCUGCCUCUCACUACAGUUGGCAUGCACUUAUCCCAAGCGGUGAAAGCUGGCUACCCCCUUGAUGUGGAGCGAGCAGGCCUGACUCCAGAGGUUCAGAAGAUUAUUGCUGAUGUUAUCCGAAACCCUCCCAUCAACUCAGAUAAGAAUAAAAUUGAACAAAUUAGAAUGUUAGUUCCUGAAAACAUUGAAAGGUAUCUUAUCAACAUGGCAAUUGAGAUCCUUAAAAAUGAUCAUGACAGCAGACUGUUAUGCCAAACUUCAAGUGAUUCCAACAAAAAGAGAUGUUUCCCCAACUCUGAAGAGAGCUGUUCAAGUUCUAAGAGAAUCAAGGAAGAAGUAAGCACUACUACCAAGGUUGAUGGAAAACAUCCUGGUAAUUUUUCAUCAAAAGAUGAAAGUGACAGAAAUCCACUACAACUACCUUCUUGGAAUGAGCCAUUCAACAAUCCAGAAAUAGAGGAUUUAUUUACUGAUUCUCAUUCACAGACUUCAUCUGAAACCUCAAAGAGAAAAUUGCCUGAAUGGUUUGCCAAAGGAAAUGAGACCUUAGCUGAAACCAGUGAGAAAUCAAUAGCCAAAACGAAAAAGAAAGGUCUUUUUAGUUAAGUUGGCAAUUACCAGAAAGAUUAUGUGGAUCUUUCUAUAUCAUAAGAGGAGAGCUAUAUUUCAUUUCUGAAAAAAAUGAGUAGUAGUAUUUCAGUUUAAAAGUUAUUCUAAUCCCAAAAUAAAGCACCCGUUUAUCAAAGGACUGGCAUCUUAAAUCAGCAUUCUGCAAUUCAUGUAAAGUAUUUGGGUCAGGCUGGCCAGUUAGCUCAGCUGGGUACAGCAUGGUGUUGAUAACACCACAGUCAAGGGAUCGAUCCUUGUAUGAGCCAGCUGCCAAAUGAAAAAAAUGUAUUUGGAUCUUCUGAGAACCUAAGUGACUAAAUAGGAUAUUAAAUUAGAUUUCCUUUCAGAUUGCUUUAAGAAACUGUAUUACUGCCCUGUUUUCUAAUCUUUUAUUUAUUGCAAUAGUAUAUUUGAAAAAUGUAAUGUGCUGUGAUUUAAUUUAGAUAUCAGAUUAGUAAUUGUGUGGUGAUUGUGUAAUUUAAAAUAUUCUUAUAUUACCAAAAUUCUGUCUUGUAAAUGUGAAAAAGCAUAGUUACUUUACAAAUUGUCUUUAUCUCUUGAAGAAGCUUUUAUACACAUUGUUAAAUGUUAUUAGUUGUCCAGAUCAGUGAAAAUGAAACAUUUUCCUUACAUUUCCAUGUUAAGUAAGGAAGAAGAGCGUAAAAAGGAUACCAAUUUUAGUAGGUAACUAUGCACUUUGUGCUUUAUAUGCUAUUUCUAUUAUUUUUCAAAAAAUGAAAGUGUCCUUCUUACUGAGUAUAAUAAAGAAACAUAUUUUUGACUUUCUUUUACUUAAUUACUUUGAAUACCUUUAUUUUUUAAGGAUGUCAGAAUGUGAUUCUAAUCUCUCUUAUGUAGCACAUAUGACUUAAAUAUCUAAAACCCAUACUCUGACAGAGUUGGGUAAAUUGUGGUUAGUAAAACUUUAAGCAAUUCACCAUACUGUCUAUAAAUAAAUUCCAAGGCUUUUGAUAGCCUUUUUCAUAAAUACAAAUGACUGUUGUUAAUAAAUGUAUGAAGAAAUGUACAUUUGUUGUUAAUAAAUGUAUAAAGAAAUGUUUGUUUAUAUGUUCAAACAUAUAAAGAAAUAUGUCUGAUAAAGAAA